AUGAGACACUCCAUCAACGACUUGAUAGAGAAGAUUAACAGGAGUCUGGAAAACAGUCAGAAGAUACAGGAGAGGUAUCAGAAGCUGGUCUCCACUCCAACCAAUGCUGUCAACAACACAUAUCCUCAUGAGAAACUAGCUUCUUUGUUCCUUGGCAACGUUGACACUGUGGGCAUGGAGGAGCCCCGAAAUAAGCUCGUUUCUUGGGUGUUGGAGCCGAAGCAGAGACUUAAGAUGAUGUUCGUGGUGGGGAUGGCUGGAUUGGGGAAGACGACUCUCGUCCACAGCGUGUAUGAGAGGGUGAAGCAGCGCUUUGAUUCCCAUGUCUGGAUCACUGCUUCAGAGUCCAAAACCAAACUCGAAAUCUUAUUGAGCUUGUUAGCAAAGAAAUUUGGCUGUUCAAUUACACCGGGGGCAGACAUGGUUGCUGUAACUCACGAACUGCAAAAAUUUCUCCGCAACAAACGGUAUGUUAUGGUUAUUGAUGAUUUUUGUGUAAAAGAUGUGUGGGAAUCCAUUAGACUUGCAUUACCAGAUGGUAACAACAGUAGAAUAAUUAUCACUACAAGGAGAGGCGACAUAGCUAAUUCUUGCAGAGAUGAUGAUUCUAUUCAUAUCCACAAGCUCCAGCCACUGUCUUGGGAAAAUGCUAAGCGGCUCUUCCAUACUAAAGCUUUCUCAAGAAAUAGCAGAUGUCCUUCAGGCUUGGAGGAACUGUCCCAAUCCAUCUUACAGAAAUGUGAUGGAUUACCACUUGGGAUUAUUGAGAUUGGCAGACUCUUGAAGAGUAAGGCUCAAACUGCAUAUGAGUGGCAAAAGUUACACGAUAACCUUGAAUCUGAAUUGAGAAGCGGUGGUGGCCUUUCCAAUAUGAUGAAAGUGCUGUCUACAAGUUACAAAGAUUUACCUUACCAUCUCAAGUGUUGUUUCUUGUACAUGGGCAUCUUUCCUGAAAAUAAACCAGUUAAGCGAAGAAGACUGGUUCGGCUGUGGAUAGCUGAGAGAUUUGUAACAGAGGAGAGAGGCAAAACUCUUGAAGAGGUUGGGGAAGAGUACCUGAAUGAGCUGAUUGACAGGAGUCUGAUACAGGCAAAUGAAAUGGAUUUUGAUGGAAGGCCCAAAAGUGUAGGAGUUCAUUGUCUCAUGCAUAAGAUGAUUCUCUCACUCUCACAUGAGGAGAACUUUUGUACUCUACAUUGUACAGGAGCAAAAAAGAACUUUACUGAGAAAACCCGGCGCCUAUCUAUCCAGAAGAAAGACUUUGAUAUUUCUCAGGAGUUGCCCCGUCUUCGAACCUUCUUCAGUUUCAGUACAGGUAGGGUAAACAUUCGUUGGAUUAAUUUCCUACGACUGAGGGUUUUGGAUAUACAGGGCACUUCAUUGGGAGCCUUCCCGAGUGUAACAACAGAUCUUCUCCUCUUGAGGUACUUGAGUUUGAGGAAUACAGAUAUAAGAAGCAUCCCCGAAACCGUGAGUAACCUAAAGCAGCUUGAGACCUUGGAUCUCAAGCAAACUCGGGUGAAAAAGCUACCCAAAUCAGUCCUACAACUUGGGGAACUUCGCCAUUUGCUGGUUUGUCGCUACAAUAAUGGACGUGUUGUCUCUUUUGAUGCUGUUCAGGGGUUCAAGGUUCCAAAAAAGAUCAGUGCAUUGAAGAACCUACAAAAGCUAUCAUUUGUAAAGGCGAGAUGGCAGUACAGAAUGAUAGAGGAGCUCCAACAUUUGACACAGUUGAGGAAGCUGGGCAUUGUAGCACUAGAAAAAGAAGAUGGAAAGAGCUUGUGCGACUCAAUUGAAAAGAUGCGAAAUCUCCAUUCCUUGAAUGUGACUUCCCUUAAUCAGGAGGAGCCUCUGCAGCUUGAUGCAAUGACUAAUCCUCCGCCCUUUCUGCAACGCUUGCAUCUCAAAGGGCCCCUACCAAGGUUUCCAAAGUGGGUAUCUUCUCUACAUGACCUGGCGAGAAUACGCCUAAAUUGGUCUUCGCUGUCAGAAGAUAACCCGGUUGAAGCUCUUCAAGAUCUCCCAAAUCUGAUGGAGCUGCAGUUGCUUGAUGCAUACACUGGAACCCAGUUGGAGUUUCACAAGGGAAAAUUUCAGAAGCUUAAGAUAUUAGACCUUGUGCAAUUGAAACUGAGGUUUAUCAGAAUGGAAGAUGGAACAUUGCCCUGCCUGCAAAAGCUGAUAAUAAGGAAAUGCAGCGAGCUGGAGCGGGUCCCUGUUGGUAUCGACGACCUCAUUCAUCUCCAAGAGCUGCUCCUCUGCGAUAUGCCUGAGAAAUUCGUGACCCAGCUGAAGAAAAAAGGCGGUGAACUUCGCCAUCUCCUUCACCGUAUUUCACAUAUUGGUUCAUACAAAGAGGGCAAGUUGGUGGAAGAUCUUUCAUGA